CACACACACACACACACAUACCCCUUCAAUUAUCCAACAAUGAAUAAAGAGCUCUUCUCCUACUCCUAGUCCCAUUCCUUAUAAAGCAUCAGACCGUCUCCUCUCCCUCCACACUCUCUUAAUGGCCUUUCCUUCCACUUUAAGCUCACUCCUUUCUGCUUGUUUAUUAUCUUUUCUACUAGGUUCCUCAACCAUUCAUGGUGCUGUAAUAGGAGUCCUUGUACACAAGAGGAGCAAGAAUCACCAUGACAAUGGAGGUGGUGGUGGUGGUGGUGGUGGUGCCCUGGAUCAAAACUGCAACUUUUUCCAGGGGUCUUGGGUCUACGACGAGUCCUACCCUCUGUAUGACUCAGCCUCAUGUCCUUUCAUCGAGCCUGAGUUUGAUUGCCAGAAGUAUGGCCGCCCUGAUAAGUUAUAUCUUAAGUAUAGGUGGCAACCCACCGCCUGUGAUCUCCCAAGGUUUAAUGGGCAGGACUUCUUGUUAAGGUGGAAAGGAAAGAAGAUAAUGUUUGUGGGGGAUUCCAUAAGUUUGAAUCAGUGGGAAUCACUCAAUUGCAUGCUUCAUGCUGCUUUGCCUAAUACCAAGACUACUUUCUUUAGGAAAGACACCCUUUCUUCACUUAUAUUUGAGGAUUAUGGAGUAUCGAUAAUGUAUUAUCGCACGACGUAUCUUGUAGACAUUGUGAGUGAGAAGAUCGGGCGCGUCUUGAAGCUUGACUCAAUAGAGGGUGGCAGUGCAUGGCUCGGGGCUGACAUGCUUAUCUUCAACACAUGGCACUGGUGGACUCACAAAGGAAACAGCCAACCGUGGGACUUUGUGCAAGAAGGUGACCAGAUAUACAAGGAUAUGGAUAGAUUGCUUGCAUUCUCCAAAGGGCUGGCUACCUGGGGCCGAUGGAUAGACACCAACAUCAAUCCAGCCACCACUAAAGUCUUCUUCCAGGGGAUUUCUCCAACUCACUACCAAGGACAAGACUGGGGUGGGUCAAGUUCAAAGAAUUGUUAUAAAGAAACAGAACCAGUUAGUGGAUCAACAUACCCGGCUGGUUCACUUCCAGAGCAAGCCACAGUAAGGAGUGUGCUGAGUAACAUAUCAAAACCAGUUUAUUUGUUGGAUAUAACCUUGCUCUCUCAGCUUAGAAAAGAUGCCCAUCCAUCUGCAUAUAGCGGAGAGCAUGCUGGCAUUGACUGUAGUCACUGGUGUGUUGCUGGCCUUCCUGAUACAUGGAACACGAUCCUAUAUGCUGCUCUAAGUUGAGUUAAGCAAAGAUGACACAAUGAAUUUAGACAGACAGAAGUGAACCAACUCUCAACCUAUUUGAAGUCAUUAUUCUAUAUAUUGUUCAAUUGUUCUUUAGCAAGUAAAUAAUAAUGUAACAGAAUGAAAUAUGAUGCCAUGGACAGUGGAAACUAACCUGUGUUUGGCAUUAAAGAACAGUAUGCCUUCAUUGUCAAUUAAAUCUUUUUACUUCAAAAGUUGACAUAUUUUUUGUU